CCAAUCAGUGAAUACGUCUGAUUGGAGGCAACAACUGCCUGCUCCACAGUGUGUUCGGCGGCGGCGUAUCUGUCAAGUGGCAACCUCUCAACCUCAGCCCCUCACUCGAGCUCCCAAGGUAAUUCCGACAAACGACUUCUGCCGCAGAGCUCGUCUUGUUACGUUGUUGCUUUUUGUCCAUGAUCUAAUUCUCAACCCGCCCUUCUGUUGAGAAUUAUUUCCUCGUUUCUCUCGGCCCUGCACUACCCCGCCAGUGUCCCUCCGAAGUCGAGGACAUUGCAAACACCUGGUUGCGACAUCGCGGACCUCGCGGACCUGGUGCACGUCUGCAGACACGUCUGCCUUGCCCCCCGCCUCACCCGAAUUUUACCACAGCACCAUGGCAGACAAUGCGGAGAACAGCAGCGGUGGCGCUACCUUGACCUUCAAGGUCAAAACCUCUGGCGAUAGGAGCCAUACAAUCACGAUGGCUGAGACCACGACCGUCUUGGACCUCAAGACGAAGCUUGCUGGAGAGGACUUUGAGAACAUCCCUGUUGAGAGGCAGCGUCUGAUCUACUCGGGACGAGUCAUGAAGAAUGACGAUGCGCUCAGCACAUACAAAAUCAAAGCUGGAAACACCAUUCACAUGGUGAAGAGCGCAGCCAGCAAUCCGGCUCCCACUUCUUCCUCCUCCGCUCCUGUACCCCAGGCUGUCCCUCAGAACAUGGCUGCGGGGACGGCUGCAAAUAAUAUUCUGGCUGGGCUCACUGGCGCCAGAUUCGCCGGACAGGCAAACCUCCCGAGCCGAGACAUCUUCGGCGCCGAUGGCGGAAUGGGUGCCCCGCCCAACGAAGAUCAGAUGGCAGACAUGCUGUCAAACCCUGCGAUUGCACAAACCAUGAACGAGGCACUGAACAACCCGGCGUUUGUAGACUACAUGAUCCAGUCCAACCCGAUGCUGGCAAACAUGCCCAAUGCCCGAGAGAUGAUCCAGUCGCCCUACUUCCGCAACAUGAUGACCAACCCAGAGGCUCUACGGAUGGCGGCGAGAAUGAGGCGAAUGAUGGGCGGGGGAGGAGGACCAGGCUCCUUUCCGGCCCCCGGAGUCACCGACACCACUCCAGAAGGUGCGGCAGGCAGUGAUGGCAGCGCCGGCGCCGGUGGCGAAGGGCAAAACCAAAGCCCAUUCGGGUUUCCGGGCAUGUUUGGAGCAGCAGCUGGCGGUGGUGCCGACGCAAACCCGUUUGCAAACAUGUUCAACCCCUUUGGGGUUCACCCUCCGCAGACCCAAGGAUCAAAUCCAGCAUCACCGCCGGCAGCUGGCCAGACUGGCUCAGCGCCGCAAGCCGAUAGCAACUCCGCCCAGCGUGGCGCAGGCGAUGCCUCGGCGCAACCCGCAUCAACCCCAAACGCCCAGGCGAACCCCUUUGCAGCUCUCUUCGGCGCCAUGCCUGGGGCGCAAGCCGGUGGAGCCGCUCCGCAGAAUACACUUGGUCUCCAAUCCCUUUCACCAGAGAUGCUCCAGCAGGCAAUGCAGAUGUGGGGGUCAGGAGCAAUGGGCGGAGGACUGGGCGGAGGACUGGGCGGCUUUGGAGCACCAUCUCCUGCUUCCCCUCCCGAUAACCGACCGCCCGAGGAGCGGUAUGCCGAUCAGCUACGUCAGCUCAACGACAUGGGGUUUUACGACUUUGAUAGGAACAUCGCGGCCUUGCGACGGAGUGGUGGGAGCGUUCAGGGGGCUGUCGAGCAUCUGCUCAACAGUUCAUGAACCCUUUGUAGAAGCUUGCUAGGGUUGCGGUGGAUGAAGGAAAGGAGGGCAAACGUGGAAUAAAGGAAAGGGAACGCCGAAUUUGAUUGCGAAACGCGAUCAGCGGAGACUUUAAAAUGUAAUGAGCAGCGAUGAUAGAUAACUAUGGCUAGCUUAAUUCAUUAUUCCCCUUACGGGAUUCAUCCUCCAGAGGGCGUAUCUAUCUUGGCCCUGUGGAACACGCGCAACGUAGGCCCGCACAGCCUAGGUUGCUUCCUGGGUUGCUUCGUCACAGCCAAGAGGAGCAUACGGGGUUAUAUUUAUAUGCGGGCCGCAAUCGGCACACUCUGGCCCAGU